AUGCCUUUGAGUCGUAUCGGAUAUCUUUCGGAUGCCUUACUUACCUGCGUCGUUACAGAACUGGUCCCUUAUCCUUUAACUCCAGCCAAUUUGUUGCAGGUGGUCGACUCUUUCGCAUACUGUAUUGCCGUCAAAGGCAUCUUUGAGCUUCAUGGAUUCACGAAGACAAGUGGGUCACUUUGUGGGUGA